CUAGAAUGUCUUAUUCUUGGGCUGUAGCAGUGGACAGUUUAAGAAGAAGUAUACCCACUCUAAAGGGACUGGCAUCCUACUAUGAGAUCUCAGUAGAUGAUGGCCCAUGGGAAAAACAGAAGAGCUCCGGGCUCAAUUUGUGUACAGGGACAGGAUCAAAGGCCUGGUCUUUCAAUAUUAACAGGGUUGCAACUCAGGCUGUAGAAGAUGUUUUAAAUAUUGCAAAACGACAAGGAAAUUUAAAUCUUCCAUUGAACAAAGAAUUGGUAGAAAAAGUAACAAAUGAAUAUAAUGAAUCACUGCUGUACAGUCCAGAAGAACCAAAAAUACUUUUCAGUAUCCGAGAACCAAUAGCAAACCGAGUUUUCUCCAGCAGCCGCCAGCGUUGUUUCUCCUCCAAGGUUUGUGUUCGUUCUCGUUGUUGGGACGCUUGCAUGGUUGUGGAUGGAGGAACUUCUUUUGAAUUUAAUGAUGGGGCUAUUGCUUCAAUGAUGAUUAAUAAAGAAGAUGAGCUUCGAACUGUGCUUCUAGAACAGUAAAGGAUUUCCUCAGAGGACAAGUUUCAAUUACUGAAAAAAUAUUUUUAUUGCAGAAACGGAUUACCAGCCAUAAAGCUGCUUCGUUUUUUUUUUUUUUUUUGGCCAUUAUUGAGACUAGUUGACUUGGGCUCAAAGCUGACAGAGAAAAUGAAAUUGCUAUUAUUCUUCUGUUGGGUUCUCACAGAGAAAAGAUGAUGAUGGUAGGAAGAAGUAGAUGGACUAAACGGAUUAGAAUUGAUACCAGUGAAUUUUUUUUUAUUAUUAUUUACAAUUGGUAACCAAACGUGUGUAUCUUUUUAAUUUAGAAACAGGUUUAAAUAAAGGAUUAAAUAUUUAGGAUUUGCAAUAUUAACUGUACAGGUGGUUUUUUCCUUCCUUUUUUUUUCUUUGUGCAGUUGGUCACAUUAUAAUUUCAGUGCUUAUUUUCAUAGCACCUGAAAGUAAAAAUUUUUAAAAAUUUUGAUAGAGAAUUUUGAUAAAUCCUGACAUUGACCUAAUUGAAGUAGGUUAAAUGUGGUUUUUAUAUGUGCUUAAGAAUUUUCUAAUCUCAAAACAUGAUGUGAUAUUUAUUGAUUUAAAAAUUUCAGUAAUUUUUGAAAUUAUUUGUAGAUGAAUAUUUUCAUUUUUCUUUAUCAACUUCAAUAAUGCCAGGUAAAACACCUCUGUUGGGAAAAAGUCAUGAUGCCAUUUCAGAUAUACUGAGACAGUUCGUUCAGACAAUCUUUCUAAAAAGAUGAUUGAGUCCAGUAGGUCUCUCUUGUCUUUAAAGGCCUCUUAACAUGGAUUCAGGGACUAGAAGGAAUGAGUUGAUAUGACAUGGUUUCUUAGGAAUUUGCAAAAAUCUUUAAAAAGUAUUUUUAUGAAGUGGAAUAUUGUCAUACAGAGAAUGAAUUCUCUUAAUAUGUAAAAUAGUAAUUUUGGAAUUGCUUUAUUCAGUAUUAUGGGUUUCAGUUAUCUAAAUAUUUCAAAUUUUACAUAAUAACUUUGUGGGAUAAAAUUUGAUGGCUUUUCUUUCUUCCCCAUUAUAAGAAUUUCUUUAGUCUUAGAAUAAAUUUUUAUUCUUGGAUCUACUUAUAAUAACCCUGUAAUUUUUAACAAAAAUUGUAUUGCUGAAUAAUGAAAUGCAUUUAUCCCAAGUUUUUUCACUUGCUGGUGAAAUUUUUGUUGUCACUUAAAAAUACUUAUUAAAUGCCUGCUCCGUGCCAUGUAUUACCAGGUGCUGGAUACAUGCUGAUGAAUAAAACAUGCUGUCACUAGACAUUUAGACUAGCAAGCUCAGAAGUCAAUCCUUUGGAAGCUAGAAUGUAUAGUCCAAUUGAGUGCUUAGUUUUGCUACCAGUGUUUAACAUGUUUCUCUUAACAAAACAAUUUAAAACUAAAUGUUAAGGUAAAAAGUUAAUUUAGAUUUUGCUGUAUACCUCUAAAAAUCUGUUAUUCUUUUCUUAAUGAGUAAUCUGCAUAAACUCAGAGCAAGUAAUUUACAUGAUGCAUCAGAUGGAGAUUUUAAAAAUAAUGUUUUGCUUCGGAUAUAAAUUCCACAUGGAUUUAAAAUGAAAUAUGUAAGAUACUACUUUGUAAAGACGUUAAAAUUCCAGAAUCUCCCUUAGCAGGUUUAAAAAUAUCUUGAGAAAAAAUGUCAACUUAAAAAUAUCUCAAGGCUUUUGACUGGAAUAUUGUCAGAUUGCCCACAAGCUAACAUAAAUCUGCUAAUAUGUAACAUAUUAAUAGGUAACCUGCGUGUGAAAUUACUCAUAUGCCAUAUUUUGAAAGUUCCUAAUAUGCUCCACUUGCUAUAUGACUUCUGCUUUGUGGUGGGAAUUUAUUGGUGAGAAAUGAGAAAGGAUGUUAGAAUAGUCAAAAUUUUUUCUGAAUGAGUUAAUCUUUUCAUGGUCACUAUAUGUGAAUAAAAUGAAACCAUUAUUACCCCUUUUUUACUUCA